AUGUGCUUGAAAGAAGUUAAAAAACAGAGGUUUUAUCAUAUCAUAGAAGAGUCUCCUUCAGUUGUGAAUAACGGACGUCGGGUUGUUUUCCCAAGUCACAGUAGAUGGAGGGAGAUAAGUGAAGUCUUGGGAUCGUUGUCACAUGCUCGUUCUAUAAUAUGUGAUGAGGAUGAGAAGAACUUUGAAAUGCCUCACAAUCUUAGAUUGUUGAGAACAUUCAAAGCAUAUGACAGAGAUACAUAUCGACCACAUUAUACCAAGCGGCGUAGUGUUCAUUUUCUACACAAUGUUUUUCAAUUGGUGAACUCACGGCACCUCACUGUUAGAGUUCAUUGGAGGUCCAAAUUCCCUUCUUCAAUCAAUUUGCUUUGGAAUCUAUCUACGUUGAUAGUUCAUCAGUCUGCAUUCGAUAAGUAUUGGGAUAUUAAUAGAUGUAGUAUUGAUCGCCGUUGGCAUGAUCUUGUUGCACCGAUUGAGAUUUGGAAAUUGCAUCAACUUAGGCAUCUCGAGUUUAUGGGAGAAGGACUGAUUCUGCCAGAUCCUCCGAGUGACAUUGUUAUCAUGGAGAAUCUACAAACGCUUAGAGGAGCAAAGAAUCUUUAUUUGAAUGAAGAGGUGGUUAAAAGAAUUCCCAAUGUGAAGAAAUUGCAUCUAAUUUACAAGUUGGAAGAAAUGGAGGGUUGUCUCAAGUAUGUCCAAUGUUUGAGUAAAUCGAAACAAAUGGGGAGAGCAAAGUGUCUCAGCUAUCUUGAGUGUCUGAGUAAAUUGGAAAACUUGUACUGCUCCAUCUAUGAUGGAUGUGAUGAGUAUUUGCAGAGGAUUAGGUUCUCACACUCCCUCAAGAAGUUGAAGUUAUCUCUUGAUCCCUCUUUGGAUAUGGAUUUGGAAGAGAUAUUGCAGAAGAUAGGGUCGUUGCCCUUUCUUCAGAAGUUGGUAUUAAAAGGUGGUACCUUCAAAACAGGCAAGUGGGACACUAUUGAGGGCCAAUUCCGGAGGCUCAAGCUACUAGCAUUGGACGGGUGUCGCGGUCUACAAAAUUGGGUGAUGGCAGAGAGCUCCCACUUUCCACUUCUCCAGGAGCUUCGUCUUGAAAGCUUAUAUAAAUUGGAGGAGAUCCCUUCGGAAGUUGGAGAAAUACCAACGCUGGAAUCAAUUUCUUUGGAAUAUUGCAGCGAAUCAGUAGUAGUGUCAGUUAAAAAGAUAGUAGAGGAACAAGAGGAUUUAUAUGGAGACCAACUUGACCUUCAUGUUCGAGCUCUAGUUUGGAAGGGGUUAGAAGCACUGCAGAGCAUGGCAAGUCCCAACUUUGAAGUUAAAGUGGCAGAUUAUUAG